CGUUACUCGCCAGGCACGGUGUGAUGUUGGUGCACAGUCGCGCUGGAUGGUGGGGUCGUUCGCUGUCCCUCCAGAUGUCCGCCCACGCCGGACGGCGAUCCAUCGCGGCCGAGCAUCAGCAGGCAGCCGAUAAAGUUCAGCACUACACACACCGCUCCGCUCGAGCUCGCCCUGUACAUAGAGCAAUGCAUUGCCCCUGACUGCGCCAUGUCGUCUGGGAACCCGUUCCGCGUCUCCCUCGCCGUUCCGCGGCCCUCCUCUGACACGCCCCGGCCCGCAGCGGGCGCCCGGGAGCAUGACGUGCCCGCCCACCCCGCCGCCCUGCCGCCGCGGACAAAGAAGCACGUCCGCAUAGAGUCGACCGCCGUGUCCAUCCCGCCGCAACCGGCCUAUGCCAGCCCCGACGACUCUCCACGCACACAGUUCGCGCCGCAGCUGCCGCGGUACGCCAGCACAUCGCCCCCGUCAGCGGGCUACUCGAACAGCUCCCCUGGCGCGUACAGCCGCGAGCCGCGAAGCCAUGACAUGGCGGCCCCGGAGGGCUACACCAGCGCGAACGCAGGCUCUGGGGUGAACUUCCCCGCGCUCUCGCCGUCGGUGGUCCCCGCAAAUCCGUUUGCGAAGACGCUCGCGUCCAUGGAGCCGCGGAGGGCCGGCGGGGACGACCGGGGCCCCGCGGAAGGCGCGGCGCCAGGCAACAACCGGGCGUCGCUCGACGUCGAGAGCUUCAAGAACAUGCUCCUGACCGGCAAGCCGUAUCCGCGACCGGCACCGUCUCCGCGGCAAGCACCGUCUCCGCGACAGGCGCAGAAUCUCGCGCCUCUACAAGCUCCAGCACCGGGCGCGGGAGGUCCGGUGGCCAUCGAGAGCGGCAGCAGCACAGACACGUCGUCGAUAUCCCGCCAGUCGUUGCUUGAGCCCGCGCAAGAGGCCCCCGCCGAGUCUCCGCGGACCUCGUACGAGAUGGCGCGCUCCGACGACGACAGCGCCGCGGGUCUGACGCCGGAGCGGACGCGGUCGAAGCGGAAGCCGCCGCCAGCGCCCGCGCACCGCCACGGCAAGCUUGUCUCGCCGCGCCAGCCGCAGACAGUGUCGUUUGACAGCUUCACCGCGAGCGAAGCCGCGCCGUCUCCUGUGACGAGAUCGCGAAACGCCUCGGACGCGAGCAAGCCGCUCCCGCCGACGCCCGUGCAGUCACAACCACCGCUAUUAUCGGUUGAUACCGCCGAAAAGACACGCGACACCACUCCACUGAGCGCGAGCCUCGAGCAGCCGCUCAGCCGCUCCAACUCGCGACAGAAGCGCGCGCCCCCUCCCGUCCCACUGGCCCGCCGCCAGAGCCAACUACGCCACUCGUCCACCGAGCACCGCUCGCGCAGCAGCUCCUCGCUGACCCUGUCCUCGCAACACUCCCUCGAAGCCCCGGCUCCAGGCGUGGUACCUACGCCCGGCGAGAUCGCAAGCAGCGUCACCACAACCGCAAGCCUCAAAUCACCUCCCCCUCCACCACCGUCACGCCACGGCGCCCGUCUACCAGACCACCGCUCCUCCACCACCCCAGCUACCGCCUCACCCCCCCAGCGCGCACCCUCGGUUCGCACAACCGCCUCCUCGCGCCGCAGCACCCUAGAAAACGAGCUCGACCUGCCCACCCCCCGGCCCGCGUCGAAACGCAACUCCCGGAUCGCGUCCUCCGACACCUCCCCCGCGAUGCCGCCCCCGCCCCCGCCGCCCCGCCGCCGCAACGGCUCCUCCCGCUCGAGUCUCGACCAGCCGCGCCCGCUCGUCCCGUCGCCCUCCGAGAGCCGCCGCACCAGCACCGAUCUGCGCCGCACCAGUGUCGAUAACCGCCGUGCUAGCCUCGAGGUCGGCAGGCGCGUUAGUCUGGAUCGGCAGGCUGGGCUCGAUGCUGGUGCCGGCGAGCUGCCUGAUGAGAAGGGUGCCGAGUUUGCGCUGGUGUCGCCGCGCGAGGAGGCCGAGGAUGGGUUGGCGGGCGCGGGGUUGGGCAAGGGUACGGAUCUGGGUAAGGAUGUUGGCGCGGGCAGUGCGAUGAGCGAGGCGGUGGGUGCGGCGAAUGCGGAGGCGCGGAAGGAUUCGAAUAGUAUACUCGAGGAUAUGGAGAGGUUCCAGCGCGAGAUUGAUGAGCUAAGGAAUCGGUAUCGGAAGUAGGAUGGGAUUGGAAGCAGGGAGGGAGAAGGGGUAGGGGUGUUGACGCAGUUGACUAGGUUUGCGAGCGUUGCAAUGUGUCUAUUGUACUACUGGCAUUU